AUGUUCUUACGACAGCUUGUCGUUCCUGUGGCAGUUUGGGGCACGUGGUUCGUGCAUGGCUCGGCGAGCACUUGGAGACAGCUCCAGCAGCGCCUCCUGGGCGUUCUGUAUGAUGGAGGCAAAUCCCCAGCUUCGCCCGACUUGAUUGCUUUGUUGCAGGGCCAUAGCUUGGACUUCCAAUUCAUGGCAGACUACCAGACCAUCUCCAUGUGGGCCAAGCUCGUUCAACUUGGCCGCGCGCUGGCAGCCCAGCGCCAUGAGAGGCCGUUCCUAGGCAAUGCAUCAGUUGUGCUUCGGGAAGCAUGGCGAUUUGAACGCUUUGCUGCGUGGAAGGCGUGGCAGCUGUGGAAUGCCACCUGUGCCCAAGGCUGUGCAGUACUUACCGCUGCAGUGGUCAGCCCAGCACGACGCCAGGCCAAUCAAAGUGGAGCUGCUGUGCAGUGGUGUCCCUUCUGCAGAUUGGUGCUGCUAUCCAAACAUUUCGGUCUAUGGAGAAGGCUGGGACAGGAGGAGGAGACAGGAGCGGCUGAUGCUUCUGUCAGCGCUCCGAGGGCCAAAAAGGGGAAGGGGGCUGAGUCCAGCGCCUCCCCUAGCUCUCCGGACGUCGAGAUGAUGGACGCGCCCGACGAGCAAGAGCGAGUUCGCGAGCUCCGCGAGCUCGGGGGUCGUGCUCCGACGACGCCGCCCAUGUCGACUCUCUUGGAGAAGAAGUCGGGCGGCCAUUGGAACAAGGCGCCGCGUCCCUCGGACACCCGGACAGAGCAGACCGGACUCCACCGCGGCCACCGACCGGACCUCGUGCUGAGGCUCGCGCGGCUGGUUCGCCCCGGCGCGGAGCCAUCCAAUCACCUUCGACCUUCGACCGGGAUCAGUUUUUCCGGUGGGGUCUUGGAGUGGCUCGCGAACUACGAGGCCAGCAUCACGCGCCAGUCCUUGAUCGAUGUGACGACGACAGGAUCACAAGGAGGCGCUCCGCAGCGGGAGUCGUCUCGCGCGGACUGCCCGAUCCACGGCGGCAACUCCUGCGAUCAGGUGUACGCCCACCACCUGGCCGCUCAGCGCGGCACUUCCCUUGCGCGCCGCCGUGCCCUUGCCACGCCUGCCGCCGUUGUGCGGCCUGGUAGGCUCGCGCACGUUGCCACGGGCAACAUCAGUGCCUGGACUGGCUUGGCGGCAGUCGUCACUGCGCCGGUCUUGCUUUCGGUGCAGCGCGGCUCCAUGGAGGUUGUUGAAGAGACCCUCGCGGCCAUUGCUCACCAGUCGGCCGGACUGACUGAAGGCGCGGGGGCUGAAGCCGCGCGGGCCGUCCAGGUCGCCGGCGCGGCAGCCAGCAUCAUCGUUAUAUUCUUUUGUGCUCAGCGCUGCGGUGAUCUGGUUUGUUACGUGCGCUGCUUGAACAGGCUCGCGCAUGCCUUGUCUGGCGACGCUAUGCCGUGCCAGCUCUUGGAGCUUAUAAGGAAGGAGACGCGACCUUUCAGGUCGUCAGCAAGCGCUGCACCACGCACCGCGUCGGGCUCAGGUUGUCGAACCUCCAGGCGGCGUGCGGAUGCCGCGCCUAUCUCCAGGCUGGGGUGUGCGCUGUGA